AUGGAGGAUAUACGGCGGGUUGUGGUGGUUGUAGAAGAUAAAGAAGCGGCGAGGACAGCUUUACAAUGGGCACUUCACAAUUUUCUCCGACAAGGUGACGUCAUAAUCCUCCUCCACGUUUUCUCUUCUCUUCACCGUAAAAAAAAAUCCACAGCUGCUCGUCUACUCCGUCGUCAUGGUUACCAUCUCGCUCUCUCUUUCCGUGAAAUCUGCGAUUCUUUCUUCAACACGAAUACAGAGAUAAUUGUGAGAGAAGGAGAUGAAGAUGGAAGAACAAUAGCUGAAGUUGUGAAAGAGAUUGGUGCUUCUACACUUCUUGUUGGUCUCCAUCAAAACAGCUUUCUUUACAGAUGGGAAAUGAGAAAUUUUGAUUGUAAAGUUAUGGCUAUAAAGCAGCCGUCACCGGAACAAUCAUCGCCGGUAAAAGCUAAGGGACGCAGCAAGACUUCAUCGGCGACGGCGACAUCAAGUGAUAGUUUAACUAAUUUUGACUUUUCUCAAAUCGAAAUUUCUGGAUUACAGGUUCCUGAGAUUCCGACACCUAAAGUGCCGUACAGGUUAUGUCCGAGUCCACAUGCGAUACUCUGGAGAACAAGACCUCGACGAUCCAAAACUCAAUACGGUGUCGUUUCAUAG